GCGACUACUUAUCACACCUCCCUCAACGCACACCAUGACCCCGCUGGGUCUCCUCACCGCCUUCUGCGCCUGUGCUGGAUUUGCGCACGCCCAGUACUUCUCCCAAGGCUGGGCGCCAGGUCAGCCCGUGCCCUCCGUCGCAGACUUCCAAGCCGCCCGUCCAGCGAGCGCUUCCGUCGUUCCACCCACAGGCGCGGGCGGUGCUUCUCAGGAAGGAGGAGGAGGGCACAAGCUACCGAAACAGGGCCUACUCGACACGCUCGUCACGAACGGGCCCGUGUCCGCGCUCUCGGGCCUGCUGGGCCUCAACCUGUCGGGCGCACCCGCGGUCGAGUGGGACGCGCGCAUCCCGCUCAUCACGGACGAGAACUACGACGAGGUGAUCGUGAACGAGGAGAUGGACGACGAGGAGGCGAUGGAGCGCGUGUGGUUCCUUGUCGUGACCGUGACAGCCGGCUCGCCCGAGGGCGUGUCCAAGUUCGUCGACGACGUGUUCGACAAGACGUACAACCUCACGCUCGACACGGGCGACCUCCCACACGUCCGCUUCGGCCGCAUCGACUACAUCAACGUCACCGCCAUCACGACCAAAUGGAACAUGUGGUCCGCACCCUGGCUCGUCGUCCUCAAAGACCGCGGCCGCACCCUCCGAUUCUACCGCGCCGGCCAACAAAAGCUGACCCCCGAAAUGCUCUACGACCUCCUCAAAGACGAGUCCUGGCGCGCGCGCGACCCCUGGCACUCCAUCUACGGCCCGGGCGGCCAGCGCGAGUGGGCGCUCGACUACCUCGCCACCGUGCUCGCCGCGCAGUACCGCUACAUCAACAAGCUCCCCAAGUGGGUGCUGUAUAUCCUCAGCGGCGGCGUUGUGUCGGUCGUGAUCAAUUUUUUGCAUAAGCCGGACGCGGGGAAGAAUAAGGGAGAGCAGAAGCAGGGGGGAAAGACGACGGCGGUCACGGCGAAAGAUAAGAAGACGACGGCUGUGUCUGCCAAGGAGCCGCCGCCCGCUGCUCCCGCCGGUGCUGGCACGAGCACCGGCACUGGGACAUCGCAGUCGCGCUCGGGGACACCGUCCAAGGGCGCAUCGAAACGGAAAAACAAGAAGUAGACUCCGGGUUUGUCGGAGUGGAUGAAAAUGCGGGACGGGUGCCUAGAUCUAUUCACCAACUAAAUACCUGGCUUUUGUGUGCUAUCUAUUGUAAACCAAGCUUAGCUUAGCUGUAUGUACCACAAAACAACGCCCUAUAACUGUCCGAUAUGCUCAAUUCAUUCUCGAUAUGUC